GGGAUGUGCUUGCACAAAGCAUCUCAUGGCUUUCUCAUUGUGUUAAUCAUUCCGUUUGUUAUACUUCAAUGGUGUAUCAGUUGCAGAAAGCAAUCUGGGGGUUUCUUACAUAUCUGUCAAAUUCCUCAUUACUUUAAGACUUAGUGAACAGCAUCUUCGAUUAACCUCAGCUUAAUUUACCUACCCUCAGUCAAACAAGAUGGCUGACAAUAAGCCAACUCUCCAUCACUUAGAUCACUCUCAAUCUCAACGUAUCCUCUGGCUUCUCGAAGAGCUAGGUGUUGAAUACAAUGUCGUCUACCACUUCCGCAAACCUGCCGAUGAUCCUAUUGCCCCUUUCCGCUCUCCCGAAUCCCUCAAAGCCCUAGGCCCAUAUGGAAAGGCCCCAGUUCUCACAACUGGGGCCGCGGAUGGCAACCGGUAUAUUCCCGAGAGCGAUGCUAUAUGCACAUAUCUUCUUCGCAAGUUUGACACUGAGGACAAGUUUGGCUUGAUUAGCGGUGAUUGGGUCAGAGAUGAGAUUCUCAAUUGUUUCAAUCUUACGACAUUCGUGCGAUCGGUUUACUUUAUUCUUUUUAUCGAUUUAGAUUUCAUUAGGAAUGGAGUUAUAAAUUGGUUUGAUGGUCCUGAGUUGAGAGAGAUUCUAACUAUCUUGGACGGAGAACUUACAAAUGCACCGGAAGGUGGGUAUUUCAUGGGGAAGAAUCCUGGCAGAGCCGAUAUUAUGAUGGAGUUUCCAAUGAGCUUCGUAAAGCAUAGGAACUGGGUUGACCCAGAAAAGGAGUUUCCUAGAUUGGAUGAGUGGUUGAAGAGAGUUUAUGAUAGGCCUGCUUGGAAGCGGGGAUUGCAGAAGGGUAAUGGCUCUUAUGAUCUCAAUGUUUUCCCCAAACGAGCUGUAACUUCGUGAUUGGAUUGUUUCCUUUUCCACUAUAGUCACGCACUGGUGGCAUUUCAUAGGGGCAGGAUAUUGUUUCAACACUAAUUCUCCUGCACGCAUGAGGCUUCCUGGUUCUUUGGUUUGUGCGAUCAAUCUGCAUUCAACAUUGCCCCUUUAAUUCUGAUAUCGCUAGCUAACA